CGCCCUCUAAAGUAGCCCAAACAAAAUGACGUUACCAUGAAGUAGCAAGACUGACAACAAGCGAAGUAGCACUUUAACUGGCGGCAACUAAAAGGAAAAAAAAAGCAGUAAACGGGUGAACGCGGCACACCAUCCUGAGGACAGAAAUGAACCAUAGCACUCACGAGGCAAUGGGUCUCGACCCUGACACGCUGAGAGACGAACUCUUCGAACCGUGGAACCGGAAAGAUCUGCAGACGCUAAGUUUGGUAGCCCUCCAGGGAUUUUCGAAGCUGCCUGAACCUCUCGAGGCCUUACUGACAAUCCUGGAGGGCUGUCCUGGCAGACAGAAGGGUCGGAGUCACACCCUUGGCCAUCACAUCCUCCUGGAAUUCCUGAAAUGGUUGAAGGAGAAUCCUCAGGUAAACCUGAGCUCAUUCUCAGCAGAACAAGCGCUGACACUCCAACAGAGGGCUCUUAGCUUACUGACAGAUACCCAGCCCAGCUUUGUAGACGGUCUUUUAAACAUUUACAAGCUCAAUUACUUGGAUCCAUCCAUACUCCGAUUACACAUCAUAAGGUUGCAGGCUCUCAACUGCUACAAAGAGGCUGCUGUGCUUAGCGUGAAGCUGAAAAUACAAGAUGAACUAAAUAUGGAAGAGAUGUGUGUACCGCUGAUCUUGCAGGAUAAGUUGCCACUGGCAGAGUCUUUUGUCACCGGCCACAAUCAUCUAGAAAAACAGCUGGUCACACUGCUGGACUCUUGGUGCCACCCUGACUUUAGUGUGGGAGAGAUAAGCAAACAGUUCCCUCGUCUCUCCCUGUCCAAACACUGCACGAGCCAAAUCCAGCCCAAAAUGCUCACCAAACACGUCUUAAGACUUGCAGAGAAAUUUAAGAUUGACCAAGGACAUUGUCCUAAUGCCCUGCACAAGAGGAGACUAGACUCUCUGCGUUUCCUCAUGUACAAGAGAUUUGUGGAGAAAACCAUGACAGAAGAGAACUGGAGCGACCAUGUGCAGUAUGUAGUGGCAGGAGACCUGGAGCUGCAGAUCCACUUGGUAGAGAUGUUGGUGAAGUACUCUGGUCUUCAGAAAGCCUCCCAGUGGUCACUGAGAUACAGCGUCCCCAGAAAUCGACUUCCAUUCAGGGUAUGGGAAACGCAGCAGAGUCUACCGCCUGAUCUACAACAGAUACGUCAGAGUGAUUCGUCACAAACUGAGGAGUGGGUGCCAUCUCAGUCUCACUGUCGGAGGUUCUACCAGGUUCCACUCACCAAAGAAAAGGUUCACUUUGUGGACACACCUGAAGCUCUCCAGAGAUGUCGAAGCAUUGUCCUCAAGGAAGGAGGCAUAGUAGGAGUUGACAUGGAGUGGCAGCCUACGUUUGGCUGUAUUUCAGCUCAGCAAGUUGCCCUGAUACAGCUUGCUGUUUCCAACCAGGUUUUCUUAUUGGACUUGUGUGCAAGUGGAUUCUGUCAACACCCAGAAACUCUUAGUUUUAUCAGGGACUUAUUCUCUGAACGGAAUGUCCUUAAACUAGGUUAUGGUAUGUCUGGUGACCUCAAGAGUCUCGUGGCCACUUGGCAGCAGUUAUUAGAGGAGCCGCUAAAAAUGGAGGGUAUGCUGGAUCUUCUUGGUGUACAUCAAAAGAUCAUGCGUGGUAAGGCCCACCAGACUCAAAAUGGCCCAAAGUCAGAGGUUCUGGUAGGAGAGGACAGUGCAGAAAAAGGUCUGAGUCUGCUGGUACAACAAGUCCUGGGAAGGCCCCUGGACAAGACAGAACAGAUGUCCAACUGGGAGAAGCGACCACUGCGCAUCAGCCAAAUUAGAUAUGCAGUGGCAGAUGCCUACUGUUUGCUGGAUGUGUACUCUGCUCUUUCCAGCAACCCGGCAAACUUCGGGCUGCCAGCUGACCUGCGCAACGUCUCUUUAAGCCAGUCAGAGAAGAGCAAAGACCAGAAGCGGAAGGAGAAACAGGACAAGCAGAUGAAACAGGAAUGUCAGGGGGCUCAAAGGGCCAGUCCCCCUCGUUCUGACACAGAGAAAGGCCUCCUGUGUGGCGAGAAGCCCUCAGAAGAUUGCCCCCCUCUGCCCCCGCAGCAGUUGCGGGUGGUUUGCGACAACAUGCUGCAGGGACUCGGGAGGUACCUGCGCUGUUUGGGAGUUGAUGUGAUCAUGCUGGAGAACAAUGAUGAUCACAGAGUAGCAGCAAAGUUAGCACAAGCUGAAGGCCGUGUCAUACUCACAUGUGGGCAACCAUUCCAAAGUUUACGUUCCCAGGUGGGCGAGGGUCGCUGUCUGUCCCUAGACUGUUCAGAAAAGGCCAGAGACCAGGCAAUUCGAGUCCUCAAACACUUCAACAUCCAGCCCACUCCCAGUGACAUAUUCAGCCGCUGUCAGGCGUGCAACAGCGACCAGUAUGUGGCGGUUCCUCGAGAAGACAUGGCCAGGAUGCUUAAACAGAAAGGAUUUUUGGAGGAGCAGAUCACUGACCAAACACUCCAGGAGUCCCAUCAACAGGAAGAGGAGAAGCUUGGUGACAUUCUGACCCCCGGUGUGACCCCUGAACUGCCCAGGUAUGCCCUUCAGUGUCGCUGGGCCCCCCUCUCAGGGCUGGACCCCGACACCCUGACCUUUCCCGGUGGGGCGCCCAUUCAGCUCCACGCUGUGCCUCCUGGCCUCCUGCCGAGGAUACCGCUCUUCUAUGUCUGCACCAGAUGUGGCAAGGUGUUCUGGGAGGGCUCUCACUUCGGCCGAGUCCUCUCCAUGUUUCAGGAGGUUUUACACUUAACAGACGAAGACAUUGAAUCAGCCGCUGAUCCCAGUACGUCAGCGCAGCAGAACUGACUGGUGUAGAGCUGAUAAAAUAUUUAGGAAGAGCUUUUGCACUUCAUGUGUUUUACUUAAUAAGAAGACUGAGGACUACAGGUUUAAGCUGCCAUUACAAGUCAAAGGUUUCAACAAGAACUUCAAAUUUGCAUCACUUGAAGUAUUAAAUUAUCUGUAAGUAUAGAUCUGCCAGCCCUCUGUAACAUGUGAGUUAAUAAGUUGAUUUUUUUUACACCUGGAUCACCAGCGGAGGUGAUGUGAUGGUCACAGGUGAGAGCGUUAGUCACAUGCUUUUAUUUUCAACAAUUUAAAAUUUACUCUGUUUACGAGAAUUCACAAUUGAUUUUAUUUCAGUGAACCAAAGACCGGUCACAGUGUGAUCACAUUUGGACUUUUAUUGUUGAUUGUACUGACUCUUAGUCAGAAGUCACAUUUAUGGUGAAUUCAGAGGAAAGACUCCUACACACAUAAUAAACUUAAGCUCAUGUUAAUGUUCUGCUAAAAUCUGUAUUGCAUUUGUUAUUGAUGACUCUUAUUAAUCUGUUCUGUUCCUCUUCACAGUAAGUUUUUCUUUGGAACAUUACAGUUUGUAGUAGAUUAGAGGCCAAAGGCUCACUCUGAUAUCUACGGACCAAUACUGGUGCUGAAAUGGCAGAAAAGGCCUUUCCUAAAUCAGUUCAAACUUGUGCCAUGUUGAAAAAGAUCCGCAGAUGUUGCUAGGUCUACGGUAGUAAGAUCGCUGUUGCAACUUUUACAGAAAAAUGAGCAGGUUGCUCGUUUAUCCGUGGAGCCGACACAUUCACAUGUCGUCAGAUUACCGGAGAGGGGUGAAUGUCUGAAAGGGGCUUUUGGCUCACCACAGAUUUAUGUCGUAGAGCUAUAAAGCUUUACAGGACACGUAUGCACCAAAGCUAAUUUGUUCCAUUCAACACUUUCUGGGGUCACAUCUGCUGACAAGUUUUUUUUACUGUUUUGACUUGAAAGCUGUUGUUGGGUGAUGAAAAGACUCAAUUCUUGUGGUACUGUAUGUUUUUUUAUUCUCUCUUAUUACUGUUAUGGAAUGUUUAAUUAUUUAGCUGGAUGUGCUGAUAAAAACGACUUUUCAUUUCA